CAACGCCCCCCAUUGCCCCCGCAGCCCCCGCCCGGCCCCCGCCAUGGCGCAGACGCUGCAGAUGGAGAUCCCCAAUUUCGGCAACAGCAUCCUGGAGUGCUUGAAUGAGCAGCGCCUGCAGGGGCUCUUCUGCGACGUCUCCGUGGUGGUCAAGGGCCACGCUUUCAAAGCCCACCGGGCCGUGCUGGCUGCCAGCAGCUCCUACUUCCGAGACCUGUUCCACAGCUCCAAGAGCGCCGUGGUGGAGCUGCCGGCGGCCGUGCAGCCCCAGUCCUUCCAGCAGAUCCUCAGCUUCUGCUACACCGGCCGCCUCAGCAUGAACGUGGGUGACCAGUUCCUGCUCAUGUACACGGCCGGCUUCCUGCAGAUCCAGGAGAUCAUGGAGAAAGGCACCGAGUUCUUCCUCAAGGUCAGCUCGCCCAGCUGCGACUCGCAGGGCCUGCACGGCGACGACACGCCGGGCUCGGAGCCGCAGAGCCCGGUGGCGCAGACGUCGGCGGCGCAGGGCUGGGCGGCCGCGCUGCCCUUGGUGUCGCGGGUCAAGACGGAGCAGGGCGAGCCCGACGGCGUGCAGUGCACCUUCGUGGUCAAACGCCUCUGGGACGGCGCCGCCAAGGACGCCGGCGGCAACGGCAGCCGGAAAAUGGCCAAAUUCUCCGAGGCGGCGCCGCGCCCGCCGCAGCCGCCCGGUACCGGUACCGGUGCUGGUGGCGGCGGCGCAGCCCCGGCCCCGGCGCCCGCCCCGGCGCCCGGCACGGCCGCAGACCAGACCAGCCCCGGGGGCACGUCCAGCGCCUACACCAGCGACAGCCCCGGCUCGUUCCAUAACGAGGAGGAUGAGGAGGAGGACGCGGGCGAGGAAGGCUCAGACGAGCAGUACCGGCAGAUCUGUAACAUGUACACCAUGUACAGCAUGAUGAACGUGGGGCCUGCAGCCGCAGAGAAGGUGGAGGCCCUGCCCGAGCAGCCCCCCCCAGAGCCCCGGGCCCGUGCCCGCCUGCGCCAGGACCUGGCGUCGCUGCCAGCCGAGCUCGUCACCCAGAUCGGCAACCGCUGCCACCCCAAGCUCUACGACGAGGGCGACCCCGCCGAGAAGCUGGAGCUCGUCACCGGCACCAACGUGUACAUCACACGGGCGCAGCUGAUGAACUGCCACGUCAGCGCGGGCACGCGGCACAAGGUGCUGCUGCGCCGCCUGCUCGCCUCCUUCUUUGACCGGAACACACUGGCCAACAGCUGCGGGACCGGGAUCCGCUCGUCCACCAACGACCCCAGCAGGAAGCCGCUGGACAGCCGGGUGCUACACGCGGUCAAGUUUUACUGCCAGAACUUCGCUCCCAACUUCAAGGAGAGCGAGAUGAACGCCAUCGCGGCCGACAUGUGCACCAACGCGCGGCGCGUGGUGCGCAAGAGCUGGAUCCCCAAGCUGAAGCUGCUGAUGGCCGAGGGCGACUCCUACACCUCCUUCAUCAACGACACCGGCAAGCUGGAGCCUGACAUCAUGGGCCCCGAGCCCCCCUUCGAGGCGGGAGGCCCCGAGCCCGAGGGGGGGCCUGCAGGGGAGGGGCUGCAGUGACCCCCCAGCCCCGAGCCCGCCCUCGGGGAUGUGCCCCGAGCAGGGUGGGAACUCAACCCUAAACUGGGGGUGCAGAGCGAUGCCCCCACCCCACCCCCAGUAGGAGUAGGGACCCCCCCAGACAGGGCCACCCCCCAGUGAGGGCGUAGGGACCCCCCCAGGACCCUCCAGUGAGGACCCUGAGAGGAUGAAGGGAUCCCCCCCCGCCCUGGGGACCCCCGCCCCCCCCCCACAAAAAGGGGGCAGGGUCCCACCAGCAAGGGACCCGUGUGGUUUAGGGACCCCCCCCAACCCAGAUGGGCACUCCCAGGGGCAGGGACCCCCCCCGAAGUGACCCCUCAGGGGCAGGGACCCCACAGCAAGGCCCCGGUGGGUCCUGUCCCACCCUCCCCCUCCAGAUUUUGGGGUUGUUUUUUUUUGGGGGGGGGGGGGGGUGGCAGCCUCUCGGCACAAGCGCAGCUGCCCCCCUCCCCCCCGCCACUAUUCGGGGGUGGGGCCUGGGGUCUUGUGCCCCCCCAGGACCCCCCCACGCGCACCCCCUGCAUUCCCCUCCAGGGCCACAGUCCCUGCAGGCACCCGCAUGUGUGUCCCCCCGUGUCCCCUCUGUCCCGUGUCCCCCCUGACCCCCAGGGACCCCCAUCGCUCUGGGCAGCCCCCCCGCAUGUGUCCCUCCCCCCCUGGGGCUGGAGUGUCCCCAGGUGACCUCUGCCCCCCCCCCACGUCACCUGUCCGUGUGUGUCCCCAGGUGUGUGUCACAAGGGGGGGGCGUCACCUGUCUGUGUUCCCCCACCACCACAAAGGAGCCAGGACUGCCAAAUUGGGAGGGGCCCACUUAUUGCUCCCCCCCCCUCACUGGGGUCUGUCCUCGGGGGGGGGGACACUGUGUGUGACCCGGGGCGGGGAGGGAUAGGGGCACCGUGGGUGGGGGGACACAGGGACCCCCCCUCUCCCCCAUCAGGGCUUUGCUCCGGCUUCGCUCCGAAGGGGAAACUGAGGCACAGUUUGGUGAGAACCCCCCCAGGAGUGGGGGGGACGGGGGGGGUGUCACCAGGAGCCUCCCCCCUCCCACUCAGCCUUGGGGGGGGCCGGGAGGUGUCCCAGGUGUCCUCCCCGACCAUCCCCCCCAGGUCUCCUGACUUUUGGUCAAGUGCCUUACCUGCCCCUCCCCCGGGCUCCCUCCGCGUCCCCGCUGCCCCCCCAGCACGGGGUGGGGGCACAGGGACCCCCUCCCAAACCCAAGCCUCCCCCCGCCCCCACCUGGGUUCCCCCUUCUCCUCUCUCACCCCUGUGCCUCAGUUUCCCCUUUUUUCUGAUGAGUUCUGCCGGCGCCUGGGGGGGGGAGGAGGGGUCUCUUUGCUGUCCCCCUCUACCCCCCCAAAAAACGGGGUCCAGCUCUUUGUUCGCCCCUUUCUCUUCUCUUUGCUAUACAGAAUUUGAGGGGGGGGGGGCGCAGCGGCGACUCGGCAGUAUGGACCCCCCCCCCCCCAAAACCGUGCUUGGCUUCCCCCGGGGACCCCCCCUUCAGUGUCUGUCCUGUGUAAUGAAGUGCCAAGACCACCCAUCCCCACCCCCUCUCCCCGGACACCCACCAGGGGCCCUUCUGGAGUGCCCCCAGACCCACCAGGACCCCCCCCACCCCCAAAAAAAAACCCGGGAUCGCCCCCCCCCCCCCCCCGAGCCCCCCGACGCUGGAGGUUGCACAUGAACUGCUGUUGGGCGCGAGGGAGCGUGUGAAUAGUGAAAAUAAACACAGAGUUUGUAACA